AUGGCGCCGGGGGACACAGCAAAAAUUACCACCCAGACGGACGGCAUCCUGCACAACACCCUGCCGCGCCUGCCUCACAUGGGCGGUAUCCGCGUGUAUCCUGGCGUGCGGCAGCAGCGGCCACAGUGCCUGGCCGUCGCAGCUAGCGCUGUGCGCCAUGCGUGCUCCCACGGCGUGGCCAGUGUGGUGAAUAGAUUCCCACAGCUCAUCGAGCAGUCCACAGCCACCUACGCCGAGGCGAUCAAGGCUGGCCUGGGCGACGAGGAUGGCUACCUGGGACCCGAGGCCUUUGACAUGUGCCAGGUGGAUGUCGUGUCUGGCUGGCACUUGGCAUACGUGCCUGGCAGCAAAGAGGCUGAGCAGCAGCUGGAGGCAGUGUUGCGCGAGAUCCUGCUGCAGCCAGGUCCGCCAGUCAGGGGCCUCGCCCUCGUGACCAGCGGCGACAACCAUUACAGGCCUGUGGUGGCAGACCAGCUGGACGAGCUGGCAGCCAGCGGCAAGGGCCGCUUUGUGUACCUGGACAGCCUGGGCCUUGGCGGCAGCGACGCGUACAGCGCCCAGCUAGGCAGCCUGGCAGAGUUGACAGAGCACAUUGCCUGCGACCUGGCGGUGCGGGCACCAGGCCUUGGCACGGUGCAGGUUUCCAUCCUGGAGCUGGCGCCUGCAGCGGAGCCUGUCCUGGACACAGAUGCUUCAGUCUUGCAUGUGCACAAGUCAAACAUUGUUGCUGAGUCAGGAGUUGAGCCAGCUCCCUGGGUGCAAGAGCUGUGGAGGACACAAUGGCAGCGGCAGCAACAGGAGCAGAUUGUGCUGCAGCAGCGGGAGGUUGAAGCGCAGAGCAGGCUGCAGGCCAUGGUUGCUGAGCAGGCGCUGGCAAAAGGCCGGUGUGUUGUGAAGCGUCCAGCAUGGAGGGCUUGGCAGGAGGCGGAGCGGGCCCGUGCGCUGCGGCGCAGGAGGCGGGCGCGGCAGCUCAAACUGGCCAAUCGUCCGGCAAACAACGGUCCAAGGGGCAGUGGACGCAACCAGUGGAGCAAGAUGAAGGGUGCCACCUGCACUGCUGGCAGAAAGGCACGAAGGUGCUCCAGGAGUAUAAACAUCACUAUGUUUGAGGUUGAAGUAAAAGAGCUGUUGAAAACGCCGGGCCGGGGAGAAUCUUGUCCCCCUUUCACAACAUUAACUAGCAAGAUGACUUGCAGUGCAACAGUGGUGGUUGGUGUCGAGAUGCACACCCCCAGCACGGACAGGAGUGGUUCUAAAAUCGACCUGCCAAUUGAACAAAUGCCAGAUGCACCCAUUCCUUGGCUGGCAACCCGCCUUGCUGGUGCCAUUCACAAUACCCUGCUCUUAAGAGCUGGGGUGGAACCCAACCCUGGGCCCACUGGCGCUGAUUCUACUAGUAUGGUGGGCACCAGCAGUGGAUUGCAAGAGCGCCAAGAUGACACGACGCCCUUCGUUGACAACGCAGAAGCUAAAUUAAACAUAAUGCAGAUCCAGCUGAGCAACUUACACAGAGCUGAGGGACACCUUGCCCAUCUUGUCAUGUGCGCACAAAAAGCAGUGGAAGGGGCAAAGAACCUUCUGCAAAUCACAAAACCGACACUGCCUGCCAACGCCUCAAUAC